GUCCCCUGAAACCAAGAAAUCUUGUGCGGCAUCACCACAUGCCUUGCUAUCUUUAACAUGUUACCCACAUGCCCCUGCUUGCAACUGCUGAGACCUGACGGCCCCCCAAGAGAUCCAACUCGAAUCCUUGGGAGGAGCAAGUAGCCAGGUGCAGGAUUCGACAGUGAUAACUGAGAGCUUUGGCCUUUGCCUCCUGCCCAUGGUGAAAGUUGGCAGUAGCAAAUACAGUCAGGAGUACAACGGCCUACAGGGAAACCAAGGUUGGUCCCUGAAAGAUCGAGCAUUCAUUCCACGCAAGCGGAGAAGGUUCCUCCGGUUUUAAACACCCCAUGAGGGCUUCCUCCAAACACUUUCAUGUACAGCUCACUUUCUUGGCCUCCCUCCUCUCCUCCCCUUUCCAGCUCAGUUUGCUCACUCGUGGUCUCCUCAUCCCCUUGCGCAACUCCAUAACUUUGCAUGGCUCGACGGCACUUCCCGGCACCUAUGUAUAGCCGUCUUUUUGCUUAGUCCCCUGGUCUCAAGGCACAUGCCCUGAUCAAACAGGCACAGAGCCGUAGUUGGCACAUGAUGCAGGACCUGUUCUCGGUUCCUUCGUGUUUCUCGUCCGGCGAGAAGCUCCCGGACGUCCCGGCGUCCACGGCGGCCACCAAGUCGGGACAGAGCGCGGUGACUCUGGUCUACCGCGCGGGGAUCGCGGGCCACGACCGCCUGGUCACCGUGACAUGGUGCAGGAACCUGCUCACCCACGGGCUAUCCGUGUCGAUCGAAGGAUCGGCGGGCAGCGGCAAGGACAAAAGCGGCAGGAUCUGCGGUGAGGCCGCUGCAGCCGACGGCGGAGGCACCAAGAGCUGCAGCAGCGCCUGCAAGGUGGAGAUGCAGCCGUGGCACUUCUGGCGCAAGUACGGCGCCAAGCAGUUCCAGGUCGACGGCAAGGCCAUCGACGUCGUCUGGGACCUCAGGAGCGCCAGGUACUCAGAUGAGCCCGAGCCGCUGUCCGACUACUACGUCGCUGUGGUCUCAGGCGAGGAGGUCGUCCUCCUCCUCGGCAACCUCAAGAAGGAUGCCUUCCGGCGCACCGGGUCGCGGCCGUCCCUCCAGGACGCCAUCCUGAUGUGCAAGAAGGAGCACGUCUUCAGCAAGAAGAGGUUCCUCACCAAGGCUAGGUUCCACGAGAAGGGCAAGCUGCACGACAUCAGCAUAGAGUGCAGCAGCAGCAACCUUAACGGCGGCAUUGAUCUCGACAUGGUGAUCAAGAUCGACGGGUGCGUGAACGUUCUGGUCAGGCACCUGCAGUGGAAGUUCAGAGGCAACGAGUGCAUCUCUAUCAAUCAGCUCAAGGUUCAGGUGUACUGGGAUGCGCAUGAUUGGCUCUUCGGCACAGGGAUGAGGCACGCCUUGUUCAUCUUCAAGCCUGAGGCGCCGUCCCUGUCUUCUCCGCCGUCGACUUCUGACUUCAUCACUGAUGAGUACUCUGAUUUCUGCCUGUUUGUGUACGCUUGGAAGGUUGAGUGAGCUAGAGAUCCAUGUUAUGAAUCAAUAAUUCAUAUCAUGUAAUGGACUGGAAAAUGCAAGUGUAUGGAAAUGAUUGAGGCCAUUCUCUCUUUCCUUUCCAUGGGAGUGUGUUGCGCACAUGGAAGAUUGGACCUGGAAGGGCACAGGAUAGUCCUUGGGAUUAGGAACAGGCUGGUCCUGAUGGAGGGUGAUGACAGGCAGGAUUCACAAGGGCAUUGCCUUUCCCAAUCAUGCAUUCAUGCUUAUUUAUCCUGGGAAAUUCCAGCUAAGAGCUGGUCCCUCCAAUGCA